AUGUCCAGUGGGGGUAGGUUUAAUUUUGACGAUGGAGGGUCCUACUGCGGAGGCUGGGAGGACGGCAAGGCGCACGGCCAUGGCGUCUGCACCGGCCCGAAGGGCCAGGGCGAAUACACCGGCUCCUGGAGCCACGGCUUUGAGGUGCUGGGCGUCUACACCUGGCCGAGCGGCAACACGUACCAAGGCACCUGGGCGCAGGGCAAGCGCCACGGCAUCGGCCUGGAGAGCAAGGGGAAGUGGGUGUACAAGGGCGAGUGGACGCACGGAUUUAAGGGGCGCUACGGGGUGCGGGAGUGCACGGGCAACGGAGCCAAAUACGAAGGGACGUGGAGCAACGGACUGCAGGAUGGCUACGGCACGGAGACCUACUCGGAUGGAGGGACGUACCAGGGCCAAUGGGUUGGUGGCAUGCGCCAGGGCUACGGUGUGCGGCAGAGUGUCCCUUAUGGCAUGGCCGCGGUCAUCCGCUCGCCCCUGAGGACGUCCAUCAACUCCCUGCGCAGCGAGCACACCAACGGGGCGGCGCUGCACCCGGACGCCUCCCCGGCAGUGGCCGGCAGCCCGGCCGUGUCCCGCGGUGGCUUCGUGCUGGUGGCCCACAGUGACUCGGAGAUCCUGAAGAGCAAGAAGAAGGGACUGUUCCGGCGCUCGCUGCUCAGUGGCCUGAAGCUGCGCAAGUCGGAGUCCAAGAGCAGCCUGGCCAGUCAGCGCAGCAAGCAGAGCUCCUUCCGCAGCGAGGCGGGGAUGAGCACUGUGAGCUCCACGGCCAGCGACAUCCAUUCCACCAUCAGCCUGGGCGAGGCCGAGGCGGAGCUGGCGGUCAUCGAGGACGACAUCGACGCUACUACCACCGAGACCUAUGUGGGCGAAUGGAAAAACGACAAACGCUCGGGCUUCGGUGUGAGCCAGCGCUCGGACGGGCUCAAGUACGAGGGCGAGUGGGUCAGCAACCGCCGGCACGGGUACGGAUGCAUGACCUUCCCGGACGGCACCAAGGAGGAGGGGAAGUACAAGCAGAACGUGCUCGUGAGCGGCAAACGCAAGAACCUCAUCCCACUGCGUGCCAGCAAGAUCCGGGAGAAGGUGGACCGGGCCGUGGAGGCGGCUGAGAGGGCGGCCACCAUCGCCAAGCAGAAAGCUGAGAUCGCUGCGUCCAGGUAG